AUGCAUACAUUCCAGCCCAUAUGUGCGCUGGUCGUCUUUUGGCUUGCGCUCUGGUCGCAAGCAGCUGAUGCUCACAGUACCCCUGCUCGAUUGCUCAAGAGAGUCGCCAACCCAUCUACCAUCUCCCUCGAAAUCCUCCCCCGCAAUCCCUACGACUCAUCCUUCUCAACUCUGAGCAAACGCCUGCCAUCAUCUUUUCCACAAACCCUCCGUUAUGACGACUCCUUCCGCUUAAUCGUAUCAGCCUAUAAUGAAGUAUUCCACCUGCAUUUGCGCCCUAAUGACCACCUCAUCCAUCCUGCUGCACGAAUCGAUUACUACACUACGCUUCCCGACGGUCGCGAAGUCCUCAGCCACACCGAGCCUCUCUUACGGCAAUCUGUUCGGGCAUACCUGGGGGAGGUUAUCGCCGAGUAUCACUCAGCUACUCGUAUGCGUGAAGAUGCCGCCCGUGUAUACCCACAAUCACACCCUGCAGUCCUUGGUUGGGCCCGUGUCAUGGUCCACGACGAAGGCGACACGAAAAGAGGUGUAGCACCCGUCUUCGAAGGUGCUUUCUCUGCCAACGGUGUGAUAUAUCAUGUCAUCACCAAGGAAAAUUACCUGCGUAACAAACUCGAGCUUGAUCCUGUUCUCUCUGAGCCUGUGGAUGAAACUGAUGGUGGACUUGUUAUCUGGAGGGAAUCUGAUGAGAUGUCGCCGGAGGAGGAAUACUUCGCUAAAACUGGGUCUCAUCCAACCGAGAAGGUUUUUACACCUCAAUCAUGUGGACACGACAGGCUCGAAUACAACGAUCCUGCGCAACAUCCUACUCUGAUGCCCCCAACUGCUGCAAAUGCCUGGCUCAAGCACCUUCUCAUGCCUACGUCGAACGAGUCAAUCUUCCGAAGAGAUGACGCUCCUACUGGGAAUAGUGGAAUGGGUACAAAUUUUAUCAACUCCAUCGGAUCGACAGCAGGCUGCCCUUCCUCUCAGAAAGUGCUGUACAUGGGUGUUGCGGCUGACUGCACUUACGUCUCCAAAUAUGGCGGUCAAGAGAAUGCCACCUCGCAGAUUUUGACAAAUUGGAACUCUGCCAGCUCGCUGUACAAGAGCACCUUCAACGUCAGUCUUGGCAUUGCUGAGCUCCAAAUACGAAGUGCUGUUUGUCCGUCAACGGCCGAUUCCACCUUCCCUUGGAACGUGCCGUGCAGUAGCGCGCAAUUAGAUACUCGUCUCUCGCUGUUCUCCCAAUGGCGCGGAGCUAAGGGUGAUGAUGGCAAUGGUUUGUGGCAUCUGAUGAGUGGUUGUCCUACUGGAUCGGAAGUCGGGAUUGCGUGGCUUGCGACUCUUUGCCAGACCUCGUCAGCAGGCAGCUCAGGUUCUGUUGUCUCAGGAACGGCUGUCUCCACUGCAGGUCGUACGGAAUGGCAAGUCAUUGCUCAUGAGAUCGGCCACAACUUUGGUGCCAUCCACGAUUGCUCGGACGGUUGUACUCUAACCUCGUCUUGCUGUCCCUUGAGCUCGACCACAUGUAGUGCUGAUGCACGGUUCAUCAUGAGUCCCGUCGCGCAAUCUGGGGAAAAGGUUUUCUCGCCAUGCAGUCUCGGAAAUAUCUGCUCCAUCAUGAGGGGUGGUGCGAAUGGCCAAGUGCAGACAAACUGUCUCGUGGAUCCAGACCCUACACGUCAAACGAUAUCGUUGCAGAUGUGCGGCAACGGCAUUGUCGAGGCCGGCGAAGAUUGUGAUCCUGGCAAGGGGGUCGAUUCCGCCUGUUGUGAUGCCAAUACGUGCAAGUUCAGGAACAACGCUACCUGCGAUCCAGAUAGCAGUCCCUGUUGUACAGCCCAAUGCUCCUUUGCUCCAGCGACGCAGGUUUGUCGUCCUUCUCGUGAUUCGAGAUGCGACAUGGCGGAGACGUGCACCGGCAACUCUUCCUCGUGCCCUUCAGAUGUGAUGGCACCUAACGGACAAAGCUGUGGAAAUAACGGUUUGGCAUGUGCCAGUGGCCAGUGCACGUCCAUCUCGCUGCAAUGUCAAAAUGUUGGGGCUUCUAUGGGCCUCAGAGCCGCCUGUCCCGACCGCAACGAUCAAUCAUGUCAGAUCUCAUGUCAAGACCCCACCAAUUCAGCGGCCUGUAUACGACUGACUUCUCUGCUUAUCGACGGAUCUCCCUGUGGCUUCGGCGGUACUUGUAUCGCAGGCAGGUGCCAAUCAGCUGGGUUUUUGGACACUGCAAAGGCUUGGUAUACCCAGAAUCUCCAGAUUUCUAUCCCCGUGACAGUCGUAGCUGGUCUUGUGGCGAUCCUGCUCUUAUGGGCCAUCAUUCGAAGUGUGAGACGAUGCUGCGGCAGCCGUCAGCGACCGGCUUCGAGGGCUGUGUUAACCGCCGUGCCUUCGAUGUCAACCCAUGAGAGACUCAACAGCCAUGAUCGCGGCGCGAACGUAACGCAGCGGACUGUGCCAGGAUCAAGUACGGCAUAUACUCGCGUGCCACCCGUGUCGCACGAACGAGCAUGGUCGGGCGGGGGACAGGACUUGCGGUACAACUAUGCCGCCAACAACCGCAUGGAGUGGGUGGAUGAGACUUCGUACAAUGGCCCCAGAAGAUAUUAA